AUGGAGUCCUCCUGGCUUAAAGGGUUGCUCACCAUUUCCACAGAAACCAUCAAAAUCAUCCCCAAAAAUCCAACCUUGAUUACCCAGGUAACCAUUCUCAUCCUCGUCUUCAACUCCUCAAUCUACUUCGUAUCCCUCGGCUUCCUCAGGCUACUGAUCAACUCCUUCCAAAGCCUGGCCAUCGACCCGACAAACAUCGACCGAAUCGGAAAGUCCUUGGCCUCCAUCAUCGUAUACGAGCUAAUCGUGGCGGUCAUCGUUUCACUAUCAUCCCUCUUCGUAGCAGCAUCUGCAAUUUUGGUUUCAGCCAUGGCACUCGGAGGAAAGCAGCCCACCACAACGGUUAAAGGCUUGUUUUUUAGGGUAAUAAGGGCCUGGAAAGGGCCUUUGGUCACUUGGGCUUACACGACCCUUUUCCUCUUGGGAUUCAUGUGUGUUCUGUUCCUGAUUGCUUACCCUUUCACCCUCGUGUUCUUGUCUAGUCUGCGAAUCUUGUCGAUCACAAUGAACAUGUUUGCGGUUUUGGGUUCGGUUUUGUAUUCUUACUUGCUAGUGGAUUUGAGUUUGGGCAUGGUCGGAUCGGUCGUGGAGCGAGAGAUCUGUGGGCUUGAAGUUAUAGGGAAGGCGGCCAGGAUUGGCAAAGGGAUGGAGCUACAUGGGUUUGUUGUGAAUCUGUUGUUUGGAUUGGUGGGUUGGGGUUUGUUGAAGUGCUUGGUUUGGGUUGGGUUCCGGUUGCCCGGGGUUGGGCAAAUGGCUUCUCCGGUCGGUUUGGCCGGUCUCGGGUGGCCGACCUCUGGCCAGAUCUUCCUUGGAUUGGUUGUGGUAAAUUUGUUUUGUUUGCUCAAGAUUCUGUGGUGGAUGGCUUACUGUGUUAUGUUCUAUGAGGGCAUGAAGAGGCAUGGUGAAGAGGUUGUUGAGUUGGUGGAGGAUUUGGAUUAUACUAAAGUGCCAAGUGUAAAUAUGGUCUAA